AAGCUUUGGCGAUGGCAGUGGCAAUUAAGAGAACUUUACCCAAGACCACACACCGGUGGUGUAAAUGGCAUGUCUUGAGUAGGGCUCAGGAAGUAUUGGGACAUGUAUACAAAAAGCAUUUAAGUUUUGGUGAUGAUUUCAACAUGGUAGUGAACCAUAUGCUAACUGUUGAUGAGUUCGAGAGGGCAUGGGAUUUCCUCAUCGAAAAAUAUAACCUCCGUUCCAAUCCAUUCAUGACUAGGGUGUAUGAGUGUAGAGCGAAAUGGGCAAAACCAUACUUCAACGACAUCUUCUGUGCCCGACUGACCAGCACUCAGCGUAGUGAAAGCGCCAACCAUGUAUUGAAGAUUUACAUCGCUGCUCAAUCGUCUCUGAAUGUUUUUGUAAAACAGUACACCAAACUAAUCAGCCAGAGGGAGAAAGAUGAUAAUGUGGCCGAGAAAAACACGAGUCAGAGAUCCAUAAAGCUGACAAUGAGAUAUCCAAUUGAGCAUCAUGCAUCUAAGAUAUACACGAUCAGUGUGUACAAACUUUUUCUUCAAGAACUACUCAAAUCAAGCUCUUACAUUGUUACUGUUUUGACUGAUGGUGCAUUAUAUGAGGUACGACACAUUGAAUCUGCAACUAGAGAGGCUUGGUCUCGCGUUAUUUUCAAUAUUGAGAUCAGCUGCAACGGUCAAUUUUACAAAUGCCAGUGUGGGUUGUACAGUCAUUUUGGCAUACUUUGUUGCCAUGCACUUAGGGUUAUGCUUCAUUUAGGUGUAUGUAAAAUACCAGAUUUGCACAUCAUGAAGCAUUGGACUCGACAAGCUAGGUCUGCAGUCCCUGCCAAUCUAGUUGAACCAAAUGUUGAAAAGGGACCUAUAUUGACUAAAGAAUUCAGACAUAAGAUGAUACAUAUGGCAACAAUUGAAAUUCCAAGCCUUGGUGACCAUGACAAUGAAACAUAUGACAUAGUUAUGAGGAACAUCGAGCGAUUGAAGAAAGAGGUUUCAGUGUACAUGUACUCCAUAUCUACCACUUGUCAGAUAGGAUAUGGCUCUCACCAAUGAAGCGAAGAUGUGAAUUCUAGUCACAAUUCUGUGAUGGAUGACUGUAGUGAUGUUGAUUCCUCAAAA